AAGGGAGGAGAGAAAGAACGGCGGCAGCAGGCGAGGAUGAAGAGAGGAUAAGAGCUCUCUGCUUCCUGAUCCGGUGUGGGGAGGGAGAGGGCGUGAGGAGCGGGGAGGUCGGAGGUUUUCCUCUCUGCUUCCAUGGUCCCUCUCGGACCAAAUUGCUUGCGUUCAUACCAUGUUCAUGGCGUGCCCUGCAUUUCUUCUUCCUCUUCUCUCCCGCACCUCUUCCUCCUCCUCCUCCUCAUGCAUUCCUUUGUUGAUCCGGUUCCAGCGGGAAGGCCUUACCACCUGAGUCUGAAGGAGAAGGAGGACGACCAUCAUCACCUAGUCUUUGUUUCUUUCCCAUCGACGCCGCAAACGAGGAUUUCUCCGACGAUCUGAGCUCCAGAAGGCGAGAGUCUUGAAUCUCCCCAUAUGAGAGUCCCUGGCAAACGGACGGCGAGGGUGGGUUUUCUGGUGGUGUUCGUCUGAUGCGGUUUGUAGAGGAGUUGUCUUGUAGGGCGUCGAUGGAGCGGCGAUUUGUCGAAUGGACGGAGCAAUUCGUCUCUCAGGAGCGGGGUAAUCGGGUCGUCCACUACAUCGUGAAGGAUUCCGACGGCGAUUCGUUCGUGGCCGUCGUGGGCACCGAGCGGAGCCUCCGGCACAUGGUGUAUGUCGUGUCGGACGAGUUCUUGCAGGUCUCGGGACUUGAAAAGUCGAUGAAUUCCAACUUCAAAUGGAGAUCGAGGAGGGAAGUCGUUGAUUGGUUAACGAGCUUGUUGGCGAAGCAGCAGCCCGCAUCUCCGGGCCACCUUUCAAGGUCACCGUUGAAUGAGAGAACUCAUGUGUCAAAUGUCGAAUCAUUAGCAGCUGUAUUUCAUGAGCCUGGAAGCAGUUCCUAUAGUCGGAAGGGCAAUUUUACGAGGAAGGCGAAUUGCAACUUGGAGAUAGUGUGGCUGGGUGUCAGCAGAACAUGUGGCCGGCAGCUUAAGCAUUAUGACUCUUUUUCUCGCAAUGGCAUCCUAGUAGAAGUCCACUCUUUUGUAUUUGUCAUGUCAAAAGAUGACACUCAUUAUCUUGCUUACGUGGAAGAUAUGUAUGAAGACAAGAAAGGAAAGAAGAAAGUCAAAGUUAGAUGGUUUCAUCAACAGCAAGAAGUUACUGGGAAGGUACCAAAACCAGAUCCUCAUCCAAAGGAAGUGUUUAUCACUCCAUAUUUUCAAGUCAUCAGUGCAGAGUGUGUGGAUGGUGUCGCAUAUGUGUUGUCUCCUGAAGAUUACAGGAAAUGCUUGGCUGCUAACUUGAUAAAUUUUUCAGCACAUACCCAUCUUUGUUUUCGGCAGUUUUCUGGUCAUGGUGUAACAUCUUUCAAUAUCAGCAAACUAAAAGGCUAUUCUGAACAAAGGAUCCUAACAUGUAUAGAUCAGCAUGUAACUUAUGAGUUAGCAAGCAAAAGCCUAAAUAUGGAGCAAGCGGAAGAGUUUGACCAUUUCAGUGUGUUCAAGGGGACUGAUAAAGGCAAAAACGGCAAAAGACAUCAGUUGUUUUUCAAGCACCAACCUGGAAUUGGAGUACCAGGUAGUGAGACCCAGAUGAUGGCAUGCAAUCUGGCUUAUAGGAGGUUAAAUUUUGGACAUGUAAACCGCUCAUUUGCUGUAAAAUGUGUCGGAAUUGAUUCUUGGGUUCCAUAUAAGGUCAAUGAUAAGGUGGAAUUACUUUGUCAAGAUAGUGGUAUUAGAGGUUGCUGGUUCAGAUGUACAGUUCUGCAAGUGGCCCGGAAGCAGUUAAAGGUGUGCUAUGAUGAUCUGCAGGAUGAUGGUGGAUGUGGCAAUCUGGAGGAAUGGAUCCCAGCCUUCAGGAUUGCUGCUCCUGACAAGCUGGGAAUGAGGUUUUCAGGACGCCUUACUGUUCGACCUUGUCCUCCAACAGCUAGCUCAUCUCAGCCUCACAUUGUUAUAGGUGCACCUGUUGAUGCCUGGUGGAAUGACGGAUGGUGGGAAGGAGUUGUCACUUCCAUUGACAACUGUGGAAGUGGUGUGCAGGUUUACUUCCCUGGUGAAGAUGAUUUCUCAGUCUUUGGUAAGGAAAACCUCAGGACUUCCAAGGAUUGGGCUGGCAACCAAUGGGUGGAUAUCAAGGCAAAACCAGAUGUAUUGUCUCUCAUAUCUGCUAUCAGCCCAGGCACAAAGCUUUCUGCAUGCUCUGAGGCAGACGAAAAGAAAGCUGAUUCUGGGGGCUGCAGACUGUUGGGCAGAGACCCCACAGCGCAGUCACCUGAGCCGUCACCGUUUGCAGGUGCAGCCAAAGAUGCAGUUGCUAAGAUGGGCGGUGAGCUUGCAUGCUCAGCCAACCCUUCAGAACGCGAUUGCCUGCAGGAUGGUGUAAAGCAGGAAGACAUAAGCGAGCAUGCAUCACCUGACCAGAUGAUGAAAUUUCACAAUGAAACCUGCGACGCUGGACAUUCUAACUGUGGAAAGGGAAAAGAUGGCACAGGAUGCAGCAGUGAUGAUGGUAGCAAGGGUGGUGAACAGGAAGGUGAUAAUGAUGAUGCUAAUGACGUUGAUAAAUAUGAUGACAAUGACAAUGAGGAUGAUGAUGGGGAUGAUGAAGAGAAGACUCUGAGGUUGGAAGAGGACAAACUAACUGAUGGUGAGGUUGGGAGUAAUUUGUUGGUAGCAGUUAAUGUGAGUUCAUGAGGGCAGUCUGAAUUUAGGACUGUGUAAAUAGUGGGUUGAGAUUGGUUACCACGGCCGGUUAGAUUAGGCGUUUCUAUGUCGUGUACAGUGUAGCUACAACAUUCUAAAAGGGGUCAGCGGAUGGAUGGAUAUGUUUGUCCGCCCCCUAUAAUGUGUAAAUUUAGCUCAAACGUCCUCAUGUUCAAAGAACUGGCUUAUCAUAAAUAUGAUUUCACUGUGGGAUUUCCUUCGUUGAAACCAAAGAUA